GGGAAUCUCGAGACUUUACACGAGAUGUGUGGUUGCUCAACAAAAGGCAAGAUGUCGGACUGCGAAAUAAUGAACGAAGAGCCUCCUCAAAACAUGGAAGCUGACGAUGCUGAGGUCGAUCCAGAUAUGGAAGAGGAGCACAAUUUGUCCAACAUGUGCAGCAUUCUAUGGCAACAGAUCAGCCACAUACAUUAUGCUGAAUAAGUUCAAAGAAGGUCUUGCAGAUGCCCAGUAUGCCAUCCAACUUGACACAGGAUUUGUUAAGGGAUACCUCAGAGAAGGCAAAUGUCACUUGGCAUUAGGAAGUCCUGUGGCAGCAUUGCGAAGCUAUAGGCAUGCCAUGGAAAUUGAACCGAAUAACACUAUUGCCCAGCGAGAGGCUAUAUUUUAUCUUGACCGAUGUAUAGAACACUGUCCAGCAGCGUUGCACUUCAAAAUCCAAAAGGCAGAAGCACUAGCUCUAAUGGGCAAGUACCAGGAGUCUCAGGAGCAGGCCAACGACAUACUCCAGAGAAAGGGUAUGAAUGCAGAUGCACUGUAUGUGAGGGGCAUGUGCUUGUAUUAUCAAGAUAAUACUGAAAAAGCUUUCCAACAUUUCCAGGAAGUGCUGAAAAGAGCCCCUGAUCACCACAAAGCAAAAGAUAUUUAUCGGAGAGCAAAACUGUUGGCAGGGAAAAAGGAUGAGGGCAAUACUGCAUUCAGAGGUGGAAAAUUCCAAGAGGCGUAUGAUCUGUACACAGAGGCGUUGAGUAUAGACCCAAACAACAAGUCCACAAAUUCAAAGUUGUUCUGCAACAGAGCUGCAGUAUGCUCAAAGCUUGGGAAACCGGAAGAGGCUAUUCAAGACUGCACGAAAGCAAUUGAGUUGGAUGAGACUUACCUCAAAGCUUUCAUGAGACGAGCAAAAUGUUACACGGAAACAGAGUUGUACCAAGAAGCUGUGAAUGAUUAUGAACAGAUGUACAAAAUGGCAAAGACGAGAGAAAACAAACAGUUGUUACAAAAUGCGAAGUUGGAGCUUAAGAAAAGCAAGAGGAAAGAUUAUUACAAAAUCCUUGGGGUGCAUAAGACUGCAACAGAAGAUGAAAUCAAAAAGGCUUACAAGAAACGAGCUCUUAUUCACCAUCCUGAUCGUCAUUCCCAUGACACAGUGGACAAACAGAAAGAGGAAGAGAAGAAGUUCAAGGAACUGGGCGAAGCUUACAGUAUUUUAUCUGACGCUAAGAAAAAGGCACGCUAUGACAGUGGACAAGACCUGGAUGAUGAAGGCGGUUUUGGCUAUGACUCCGUUGACCCGAACCAGAUCUUUCAAGCCUUCUUCGGAGGAGGCAACAUGGGAGGCUUCAGCUUUGGCGGACACCCCGGAGCUUCACACUUCUCCCAUGGGGGCCACUCACAGCACUCGGGUUUCCCGGGCUUCUCCUUUCAGUUUGGGUGAUGUCUGUCCCCGCGGCGCGAAAACCUGGACGUGCACUUUGGGCAGCGGAGCUUUUGAGUGUAGACUGAGAUGAAGAUGACAGUGUACAGGUGUCGGUGACACAGGGUGAUGAUGGAUGUGAAUGAACUCUGUGCAGCUCCAAAGUGCUCUAUCUACACGUGACAUAGAAGUCCCCUCCCCUCUUCCCUCUUCCGCUGAUGGCCCCUGUCUGACAGUUUGGUCUGCGUAUAGAACGCACACUAUUAUCACAAUUCAAAAACGUUUUCAGGUGUUUUGGUUUUUUGUUUUUUUUUCCUAAAUAUAAAACUCUUAAGAGUUCAAUUUUAGAGAUAUUGCUCAGGAUGUAUUAAGGAGCUGUUUAUGUAUCUGUAUAUAUAUGAUUGCAUUUUUGGAGAAAUAUUCUAAGAUAGUUCUCAACUGUGCGCGCUUGUAUUUUACUGAUUUAUUAAACUUGUGAAUGAACACAUGAUCCAUUGAAUCUAUAAACCUGACCGCAGCUCCCAAAGUUGUAUUUGUCAUUUGUUGAUCGAAUAGUGUGAUACUAGUGUCAGUGAUGCUGGUGACAAAUACCUGGAUUCUAACCUGAUGGAACUAUUUGCUGACGAGGGAACAAAAAUAUAGGAUUAAAAUCUUCUGCUUUCAUGCUUGUUCUCUCUUUAGGUUGUGUUGAAGCCAAGAGCAAGACUUUGCUCCCUGAGUGGAGUCUUUGUUUCCAUGAAGUGCUUGUGUGUUAUGUGGGCACAAGCCUCCUCGAAAAGCUGUUUUGUUUAACAAAGAAAGGUUUAAAAAAAAAAAAAAAGCCACGGG